GCGAUUUGAAAAAGGGGUUGGGUUGUGUUGGGAUUUCCUUAAAGGAUGCGAGUGCGUGCGGUCGAGGACUUACAAACUGGACAGUGGUCAGCGCAUUGGUCAGUCACGCACGUAAUUUUGGCAUUACCCCUUCGGGACGACGACUCGCAACGGGAUAGGCAGAGUUCAGAGGUCACCACCGUACUUUUGCCCGUUUCUUCUCACAGUCCGAGCAGCAGGAAACUUAAGACGUUUUCACGUUGAAUUUUAAUGAUUUUUGUAUUCAAAUGCGGAUUGCUCCAACCAGUUUGGGCAGUUCCUCCAGCACCCAAGGGAGUGUCCAGUAAAUAGCAGGACGCAUAUCCUGCUGACGGCAGGAUUGGCCCGUCGCCCAUCGGUCAAGCUGAGUGCGAAUCCCAUCCAAAAUGGCCAAUGUCCCCUGUUCGCUUUUUUGCUUUCAAUACUGCCAACUCGUUGUUCGGUGGCCUCGACAAAGGGGUCAAUUCGAAGGGGCAACCGUUGAUGUUGAUGUUCAGGGCGCAUGUGUUGAGUCCUGGAAUGGGAGGCCAUUUUGUAGCAAGGACCAACCGAAUGAAAUGUAUCUAAAUGAAGGAAAACGGUUUUCAAUAAAAGU